CCUCCGUCCCUUUCUUCUGAUUCUUUCUCUCUCUCCCCCGCGCAACUUUUCAGAUCCCUAAGAAGAGUGAUCUGGACCCUUCGAUGCUUAGACUUCCAAAGUUUGACUUUGUCGCCAUCAGUGGUCUCUUGUAGAGGAGGGACAAACACAGAGAGAGAGCCUUGCCUUUCUCAGCUUUGAUGGGCCAGUGUUACGGUAAGACUAUUCCCACCGGGGACGACGACAGGCCCGCCAACACCACCACUAUCACCACCGUAGCCGCUGGCGAAAGUGAUCGCCCACCUCAGACUCCGCUCACGUCUUCUUCUAAUAACGGCACCGUUAAUAUUCCUUCCGUGAAGAACACGCCGGCUCGAUCUUUUGCUACGAGUCCGUGGCCUAGUCCAUACCCUCAUGGAGGCGGAGCCAGUCCAUUACCGGCCGGAGUGUCGCCCUCUCCUGCUAGGUCCACGCCGAGGAGGUUCUUCAAGCGGCCGUUUCCGCCUCCGUCGCCAGCCAAGCACAUUAAGGCUUCGCUUGCGAGGCGCUUCGGCCAUGCGAAGACGCCUCGAGAAGGUCCGAUUCCAGAGGACGGUGCCGCUGAGUCUGAUCAGAAUCUCGAUAAGAGCUUCGGCUAUAAUAAGAAUUUCGGUGCCAAAUAUGAAUUGGGGAACGAGGUGGGCAGAGGACAUUUUGGUCAUACUUGCCACGCUAAGGGCAAGAAAGGAGAGCUCAGAGACCAACCUGUUGCUGUGAAGAUCAUUUCCAAAGCGAAGAUGACAACAGCUAUAUCGAUCGAAGAUGUUCGCAGAGAAGUGAAAAUAUUGAAAUCUUUAUCAGGGCAUCAGCAUCUGGUCAAAUUUUUUGAUGCUUGUGAGGAUGCCAACAAUGUAUACAUAGUGAUGGAGUUGUGUGAAGGUGGAGAAUUACUUGACAGGAUAUUGUCAAGAGGUGGUAGAUACACAGAAGAGGAUGCAAAACUUAUUGUUGUUCAAAUGUUAAGUGUCGUUGCAUUUUGUCAUCUUCAAGGCGUUGUCCACCGUGACUUAAAGCCUGAGAAUUUCCUUUUCACCUCUAGAAAUGAAAAUGCUGAUAUGAAGCUAAUUGACUUUGGUCUGUCUGACUUUAUCAGACCAGAUGAAAGACUCAAUGAUAUUGUUGGAAGUGCAUACUAUGUGGCGCCAGAAGUCCUCCAUAGAUCUUAUAGUCUGGAAGCAGAUAUUUGGAGUAUUGGUGUUAUCACCUAUAUUUUAUUAUGUGGUAGCAGACCAUUCUGGGCAAGAACAGAAUCAGGAAUUUUCCGUGCUGUGCUGAGAGCUGACCCCAACUUUGAUGAUAUGCCUUGGCCGUCUGUGUCACCAGAAGCCAAGGACUUCGUGAAAAGGCUCUUAAACAAGGAUUACAGGAAAAGGAUGACCGCUGCUCAAGCUUUGACUCACCCAUGGUUGCGGAGUGAGAGCCAUCCUGUUCCUCUGGAUAUAUUGAUCUAUAAAUUGGUUAAGUCAUACCUUCAUGCUACACCUUUCAAGCGUGCAGCACUUAAGGCUCUCUCAAAGGCUUUGACAGAGGAUGCAUUGGUUUACCUUGGAGCUCAGUUUAUGCUUUUGGAACCUAAUAAAGAUGGUCGUGUCUCUGUUGAUAACUUCAGAACGGCUCUUCUUCGAAAUGCAACUGAUGCUAUGAAGGAGUCGAGGGUUCCUGAUAUUCUAAAUGCGAUGGCACCUUUAUCUUAUAGAAAAAUGGACUUUGAAGAGUUCUGUGCGGCUGCAAUCAGCACAUAUCAGCUAGAGGCACUUGAAGCAUGGGAGCAGAUUGCAUCUACUGCAUUUGACCAUUUUGAACAAGAGGGUAACCGAGUGAUAUCAGUGCAAGAAUUGGCUCGGGAAUUGAAUGUGGGCCCCACAGCUCAUUCGAUUCUCAAAGACUGGAUCAGAAGUGACGGGAAGCUCAGCUUACUUGGAUACACUAAAUUUUUGCAUGGUGUGACACUUCGCAGCUCAAAUACAAGACAACACUAAGUUUUUUUUAGCAAUCUGGUAAAAUGGUAACAAGUAAUAUUCAUGGCAUUCAAAGGAUUGGAGGAGUUUUUUUUUCCCUUUAUAAGGAUGGCGAGGAGAAAAUUUGUGUACGAAUGAAUAUAGUAGUUGAGUCAGUUGGGAGGUUGUCUAGGCAUUUAUAAAUUGAAUUCUCCUUGCUCUUUCCCUUUGUUUGCUAAUUCUUAAGUUCCUUUGGGUCUGAGCUCAGAGGUUUUUCAAAGAAAACUUAGAAGAAUUUUUUUUUCUUAGAAAUUCUAUCUGUGUUGAUUGAAUGUUAUUGAGAGCCAAAGAGCUGAUGUGAAGAAUUAUUGUUUUUGUUAGUGUUAAUAUUGUUUUGACCAUUAUAUUGGAGAGAA